CCUGUCCAGGGGGGCUGAUCUCCUAGACCCGGCGAGAGCUGCAACAGAGCCGGGCUGCCUACCCGCCUUGCUCCUUAAUACCCUUUAAACACAGAGCCGCAGCAGGGCUCUGUCCCAGACCCGGCAUGAGCCAGGACUGAGCCGGGCUGCUGGCCAGCCAGCUAAAAAAUUGGUUAAGUGACUCCCCGUCUCACUGGAGAUGAGCCGCAUCCCCUGUGACUUCCCUGGCACUGAUGAGGAGCUCCCCGCGCCAUAGCCGUUUGGUUUCUAUUUUUCUGCGGCAGAGAUUUCUAGCUACGAACGCUCAGGCCCCAAAGCCCUAAGAAGCUGGCUAGUCUUCCAAGUGCCACUGGACUCCGUGUUUUUGCUGCAACAGACUCACAUGGCCACCUCUGAAACCUGGCAAAGAAAUGGGGCUGGAGGGGGUUGAACCUGGUUGGGUCUUAUUCUCCUGCGGUUCUCACCUGUACCACAAGGUGGGGCUGGUGCCUCAGUUUCCAUGCCAAGCCUGGGUCCCCAAAAGUGGGUUUGAACAAUGCUUCAGACAGGCACAGUCACUCAGCAGUCGGGGAGAAAUCUGGCUCCUCUAUUCUGACGGGAGGGUGGCUGGAGCCUCAGAGUUCUGAAAUCGCUGGGGCUGCCCCGUAAAGUCCUGUCGCUUAAAGGGCCAAACAGCCCCGGAUUUCAGAUUUGGCCCAGAUGAGCCUGGAGGGAGAGAAACCACCGGCCUGCACCUAUUUCAGUGACAAGAAAAGGGAGUCAAACCCAAUUCACGCAAGCAAUGGUUUGUGAAGUACUUGUGAGACAGAUACUGAAGCUGGGCUGGCUUCUGCCUCCGCAUGGCCACAGCUAAAGCAAACUGGUGCAACCUGCUUGGCACGGGGAUGGAAGGUGCUGCCGUUAUGAUAUCACACAUCCAUGGCACCUCUCGUGAGGAUUUCAAAGUGCUUUGCAGAAGAGGACUGACCCAGGCGAGCUCCUGUCGCCUGCCCCCUGAGCGGACACCAUGAUCUCCCCGAAGGAGAAGUCCAAGGCCCCCAAGGACAGCAUGACGCUCCUUCCGUGCUUCUACUUUGUGGAGCUCCCCAUCGUGGCUUCCUCCAUCGUGACGCUCUAUUUCCUGGAGCUGACCGACCUCUUCAAGCCUGCCAAGGUGGGGUUCCAGUGCCACGACCGGGCCCUGUCCAUGCCGUACGUGGAGACCAACGAGGAGCUGAUCCCUCUCCUGAUGCUGCUCAGCCUGGCCUUCGCCGCCCCCGCCGCCUCCGUACGUAGCCAGGGCUGGGGUGCGGCGCUUCGCUGGGGCCGGGAGGGCUGAGAUAGGGGGCGAGGGACCCCCGGAGUAGGGCGCUGGGCAGAUUUCGCCUCCACUCUCCACAACUGCAGGAGCCUGUCCAGCCUCAGGCCUGGGCUAACUUUUACCCCUUCUAAGUCCCCUCUGCCCCUGCCUGGAGCAGCCUCUGCACCGGGGCUCUUACCUAAACCAGGCAAAGCUGGGCCAGGUUUCGGGGCCCCCAGACACCAGCCCCCUCAUACGGUGGAGCAGUGAUAAUGUGGGAGGGGGUCAGGAAUGGGGUCCCUGGGACCUCCCCUCGUGCCAGCCCUCCUGCCCCACUCCCUACAGCGCCCCCUGCUGGCAGGGCUGGAGUAGCUGGGAGCUCCCCCAUCACCCGUGUUCCUGCCCCACUCCCUACAGCGCCCCCUGCUGGCAGGGCUGGAGUAGCUGGGAGCUCCCCCAUCACCCGUGUUCCUGCCCCACUCCCUACAGCGCCCCCUCCUGGCAGGGCUGGAGUAGCUGGGAGCUUCCCCAUCACCCGUGUUCCUGCCCCACUCCCUACAGCGCCCCCUCCUGGCAGGGCUGGAGUAGCUGGGAGCUUCCCCA